UUCCAAGUAACCAGUACCUCUGCUCUGAUAUCUUUACUAGCUCUGCCCAAACCUUUAAAUCUCCUCCAAAUUUGAGAUUAUGGAUGGCCAAAAGAAGAAACACAGCUGUCCCGGUGAGGUCUCCUUUUCUUCUUACCUUAGCACCGCCGAAGAGAUCUUUGUGCAUAAAUUUGUAGAGCCUGGGAUUAAGCAUCCUCAGGUUGCCAUUGGACCAUUACGAGGAAAUAAGAGCCGGGCGGGUGAAAUCGGUGUCUUGGGAGCUGAAAAAUACUUCAAUACUAAACUCGGCGACAUAGACGACGACAACGAUGCUCGGCAGCAUCAGAUGGGUACACGGUGUCGGCCCGGGACAUCGAGUGCGAGUUCCGAAGCGAGUUGGAGUAGCCAGAGUGUUCUGUUACGAAGUUUCAUGAGGGAUGGAUCCGUGAACAAGGAAAAAAAGGUUGAUGGAAGGAGCUUUUUCUCUAAUCUUAGCUGCACCGGGGCUUGUUCCAAUGGGAAGUCGGUUCUCGUCGAUCAAAUUAACGUUGAUCGUGGAAGGGUUCAUGCUAAAGAAGUGAGAAAGAAAUUGAUUCAACCGGAUGUGUUCGAUCAGACGAGUGUUCGAUCGAACAGAGAAGCGUGUUUUCCGAAACUCGAAACACAGUUAGAUGAUCCAAGGAAAUCGCUCGAAGUGUUCGGAUCCACCGCGAUGAAGAAAGGGGACGUAACCAAGAACCUCGAGAGGAAACUCUCGAUGUUAACUUGGGAUGCCAUCCCGAACGCCCCGUCUGUUUCGAGAAACAGUCGGACGAACGAUGAUAUCGAGAGUAAUUGUAGUUCAGAUCUCUUCGAGAUCGAUAACAUAUAUGGCGAUGGUCUAGAAUCCAUCGGCAAGUCUAGCUGCAUGACACCGUAUGCGCCGAGUGAGACCAGUGUCAAAUGGAGCGUCGUCACGGCCGGAGCAAAGGACUGCCCGUCUGUUUCGGAUUAUGACAAAAUGGAAUCGAAAACAGCCAGUAGAGUGGCCAACACCACCAAAGAGGCACAAAGAAGCCGAUCGGGAGGGAUAUUGGGGUGCAAGAGUCACAAAUCAGCCAUGGUCGUCGAAACAGCAUACACAAAAAAGGAAAAAAUGAAGAGUCCGAACACCAUAGAUCUUAAUAAACUGUUUCCGUGAGAAAACUUUCACAAUGGAUGAAUCAAAGCUAGGUGAAGAAUCUUUUCUAUAUGAACAAAAGGUUUCCUUUUUAAUUCUGUAAUUCCUCAUUUUGCAUGUAUAUGAGCCUUUUGAAGCACUGAUUGUGUCUCGCCGGAAAGUUGAACGACAAUGGUCCAUAUAUUGUCGUGUCACAAAAAUGCACAACAGCAUGGGAACAUAACUACAUAAGAGGAGAAUCUGAAUUUUGCUAGGCAAGUAGACAACAUUUUGUCCAAUCACUUCAAGUUUCUGUUGUUGUUAUCUUGAUUUUCAACCAUGGGGACAUUCAUGUUUUGGGAAGCUUUAUCAUUUCCCUCCCUUCCAAGAGCCUAUCAAAACAUCGAGCUUUUUGCAUUGACAUUUGAUUCCUCCAUUUCGGAACUCAAAGAUCCAAAAGCAAGAGGACACAACCAUUGGAGAAAGUGGGCAUUUAUUUUAUGUUGCAAAAAAAACCCAA